UGUUUGAGUGAAUUUUGAUGAGUUAGUGAGAUGGGUUCCCCCAGCAAAUACAUAGUCGCAGAGAUGCCUCCCCUUCUAUAUAUGUUCAAUGAUGGGUCUAUUGAACGUCCCAAAGAUCAUUCAAGAGUUCCUCCCUCACUGGAAGACCCUGCAACAGGUGUCUCAUCCAAAGACAUCCUCUUCUCAAACAACCCUUUCCUCUUUGCUCGACUUUACCUUCCAAAGCUAACACAACCUAACCAAAAACUCUCCAUUUUGGUCUACUUUCAUGGCGGUGCCUUCUGCGGCGAAUCAGCAUUCUCAUGGCACCACAACAAAUAUUGCAACGUGAUAGCUUCUGAGGGAAACGUUUUAAUUGUUUCCAUAGAGCAUAGGAAAGCCCCAGAACAUUUUCUGCCAGCAGCUUAUGAUGAUUGUUGGGCUGGUCUCACUUGGGCUGCUUCCCAUGCCACCCCAAACCCUACCAACCCUGACAUGUGGCUCAUCAAUCACGCUGAUUUUAGCAAAACUUAUAUUGGGGGUGAUAGUAGCGGUGGCAAUAUUGUUCAUAAUAUUGCCAUGCGUGCUGGGGUUGAGGCUUUACCUGGUGGGGUCAAAGUUUAUGGUGCUUAUCUUAACCACCCUUUCUUUUGGGGUUCAAAGCCAAUUGGGGCUGAACCUGUUCAAGAGAGACCUCAGUCUUUGCUUUGGAAGUUUGUGUAUCCUGAUGCACCUGGAGGGUUAGAUAACCCCAUGAUCAAUCCACUCGCUCCCGAGGCACCUAGCUUGGCUCAUCUUGGAUGUUCUAAGAUGCUUGUUACUGUGGCUGGUAAGGAUCACCUGCACUUUAACCAUAGGGCAGUGUUGUACUAUAAGGCUGUGAAGGAGAGUGGAUGGAAAGGGCAAGUGGAACUCUUUGAAGAGGAAGAAGAGGAUCAUGUUUAUUACAUGUAUGAUAUAGAAACUGAGCAAGCCAAAAAACUUGUAACAAUCGUCGCUAAUUUCCUUCGCCACUGAAAGAUUUGCCUCUUUCAGCUUAUUCCUUCAAAUCUCUAGCUAAAUAAAUUUCGUAAAACUCUGUACCCCUUUGUUGCAAGAUCUCUUGAAUCUGAAUAAUAAAAUGUGUUUCUCUUUCUUUGGUUUAAUGAUAUCCGUUUUU